UUGUGUUUGUGUUUGUAUUACGUGACGAACAGAAUACCCCACAUGAAGCUUCAGAUACCUUUCCUCAUAAUGUGGUUUUUUUGGCCAUGUUGUAUUCUAUGAACCUCUCACUCUUCCCUUCUUAUUCUUCUUCUUUUAUGCGGCAUUGAUUCUCUGUUAAUGGAAUAGCCAUCGAUUGAAGUUUUUCUGAGGGUUCUUCUUCGCGGGGGAUUCGAUUUUGGAAUGGGGGUUUCUUCUCCAAGGAUCCUGGCCAUGGAGCUUCGUCGUCGGCUGUAAUUUUUUGUUUUAUUUAUUUUUGUUUAAUCUUGGAGAUUCAGUUUUGUUUGUGCUGCGUGAUUAGAAAAUGGCGCCUAGAUUGGGGUUUUUGAGCUGGUGGGGGAAAGAGAAAGACCCCCAAAAGGGAACUCCGGUGGUGGUGACGAUGGAGAAGCCCAACUUCUCCGUCGUGGAGAUCGACGGCGCCGACGCCGCAUUCCGGCCGGUGGAGAAAAGUAGAGGCAGGAAUGCGAAACAAGUCACGUGGGUUCUUCUUCUCAGGGCCAAUCGAGCUGUCGGUUGCAUAACUUGGGUCGCUACAGUUCUCUGGGCAUUGCUGGGGACAAUCAAGAAGAGGCUGAUCUACAGGCAAGGAGUCGCCAUUGAAAGCGGGAAGUUGGGAGCAGGGAAGUUACUGUUUGGAGUUAUUAGAGCUUUCUUAGUAACUUCCAUGGUGAUUCUUGCCUUUGAAAUGCUUGCUUAUUUCAAAGGGUGGCAUUAUUUUCAGAAUUCCAAUCUGCACAUUCCUCAGGCUUCUGAGUUACAAGGAUUUCUCCAUUAUCUCUAUGUUACAUGGUUAACUUGUAGAGCAGAUUAUGUUGCUCCACUUAUUCAAACACUUUCUAAAUUCUGCAUUGUUCUGUUCCUUAUCCAAUCCUUGGAUCGGAUGAUCCUUUGUUUUGGAUGCCUAUGGAUAAAGUUCAGGAGGAUUGAACCCAAGAUUGAAGGGAAUCCCUUCAAGUCUGAUGAUGUGGAGGGAGCCCGGGACAAGUAUCCUAUGGUUCUUAUUCAAAUUCCAAUGUGCAACGAGCGAGAGAUGCAGGUUUAUGAGCAGUCUAUCUCUGCAGUCUGUCAGAUUGAUUGGCCAAAGGACCAUUUAUUGAUUCAAGUUCUUGAUGAUUCUGAUGAUGAGAGCAUCCAACAGUUAAUUAAGGCAGAGGUUGCUGAAUGGAGUCAAAAGGGUGUCAACAUAAUCUAUCGCCAUCGAUUAAUAAGAACCGGAUACAAAGCCGGGAAUCUCAAGUCUGCAAUGAGUUGUGAUUAUGUUAGAGACUAUGAGUUUGUUGCGAUUUUUGAUGCCGACUUUCAACCAAAUCCAGAUUUUCUUAAACUGACAGUCCCCCAUUUCAAGGACAACCCGGAGCUAGGUUUGGUUCAAGCUAGAUGGUCUUUUGUGAACAAGGACGAAAACUUGUUAACGCGUCUCCAAAACAUUAACUUGUGUUUCCACUUUGAGGUGGAACAGCAGGUUAACAGCGUGUUCCUUAAUUUCUUCGGCUUCAAUGGCACUGCUGGUGUUUGGAGAAUUAAAGCCCUCGAGGAGUCCGGAGGGUGGCUUGAAAGAACGACCGUAGAGGAUAUGGACAUAGCUGUGAGAGCCCAUCUUAAUGGCUGGAAAUUUACAUUUCUUAACGACGUUAAGGUCCUUUGUGAAAUUCCUGAGUCCUACGAAGCUUACAGGAAGCAGCAACAUCGUUGGCAUUCUGGUCCUAUGCAACUAUUCAGGUUGUGUCUUCCAGCAAUCAUAAGUUCUAAGGUAUCAGUAUGGAAAAAGGCAAAUUUGAUACUGUUGUUUUUUCUAUUAAGGAAGCUCAUCCUUCCCUUUUAUUCCUUCACUUUGUUCUGCAUAAUUCUUCCCCUAACCAUGUUUGUCCCAGAAGCCGAGCUUCCUAUAUGGGUCAUCUGUUAUGUGCCCGUUUUCAUGUCGUUACUCAACAUUCUUCCAUCCCCAAAAUCUGUUCCUUUUAUCGUUCCCUACCUUUUAUUUGAGAACACUAUGUCCGUCACCAAAUUCAACGCCAUGGUAUCUGGCUUAUUCCAGUUGGGUAGCUCUUAUGAAUGGAUUGUAACUAAAAAGGCUGGCAGGUCCUCCGAAUCGGACUUACUGGCUGCUGCUGAAAUGGACUCUAAGAUAAUGAAUCAAGCACAGAUCUAUAGAGGCGCUUCCGAGAGUGAGCUCUCAGAGCUGAGCCACUUAAAGGAACCUAGAGGAGUAGCUGCAUCACCUGUCAAAAAAGUUAACAAGAUAUAUCGGAAAGAGUUGGCACUUGCGUUUCUUUUACUUUUAGCUUCAAUUAGGAGUCUCUUGGCUGCACAAGGAGUUCAUUUCUACUUCUUGAUGUUCCAAGGUGUAACCUUCCUCCUUGUAGGUCUUGAUCUAAUUGGAGAGCAAAUGAGCUGACUACACACAAAAAUGAGAAUCUAUGAUCAAGGUGGAUAAACAACAUUUUCUUGUGCUGUAGCAGCAAAGUUGUGUUUGUGCAUUAUAUAGUCUGUCCCCCCAAGGGGAAACCCGACCGCGAGUUCAAUAAAAAGAUCGAUAUCAAAGUCUUCAAAAGAACACCUGCUUUUGGUGAUCACCCCUCAUCAUACUCACCACCUUCAUUCUUCCCUCAUAUACUCAUAAAGCAUAUGUGAUUUGUAAUCAUUCAUAAGCUUCCUCAGCUGUUUAGUGUUUGUUAUGCAAAUAAGUUAUUUAUUAUCCCACAGCCUCCAUAAUUCUUUCUUGGGUGUAGUUUUGGCUCUUCCAAGACUCUGUGGUCGUGCACAGGCAACCAAAUCAAAUGAUCGGUUCGAAUCAAGCCUGCCACCAUCCGCCUUCAUUGUAGCUUUCUGGUUUUCGUGACAUGUAAGACGACUCAACUUCUCUGUAAAUGUACUGUUUUAUCCAAUCUAAUAUAUAUCCUAUUUUCUUCUUACUUCAAUGAUGUCCUUUUUUAAUCUUCUGCAAUUUACUUGUACUGUAAUUCAAAGUGUAAAGGUAGUGUCGGCAGGCAAAGUUGAUUAGAAGAAGGAUGAAUGUUUUGGGUGGCUAAGAUUGUUGGUUCAGAUGCCUUUUCAAACCUCAUUAGAGGGCUACAGAAAUUUUUUUGGUGGGGCCAGGAUCUGGUGUGGGCAUAUGCUGAUUUUUUUUUUUUAUUUUAUAAAUAAUUUUGUUUUUGAUUGGGUUGAUGUGGAUAGUGCUUGGUACUGCUAUUGCCACUGGUUGGUGGCAUGAUUAAUGACAAAUUUGCCCAUUAUUUUCUUGA